CUCUUAAAGCUGAGCUGGCUGUUGGGCUGUUUGGGUUUUAUUCCUGUCGACGACUUUCUCCUGAGCAGACACCACUUACAAAAAGAAGACAUAUCUCGGCAUUAACACUCAUUGCACCAGUCUACUAUCCAAAAGUACAACUACAGUCAACAAUAAAAGGACUUGCAGCUGUUUAAAAUGGACCCCAGUCAAGAUAUCAACCUGAACUCUCCCAACAAGGGUCUCGGCGUGGAUCAUUCGGACAGCCUGGCCGAAGUGCCGGUGGAGGGAGCGGUAGGGAACUCGGUUAACCCUCUUCCACCGGGUCUGACGGAGGAAGAGGCUGAGGAGCUCCGCACCGAACUUAUGAAGGUGGAGGAGGAGAUCAACACCCUGCGUCAGGUUUUGUCGGCCAAAGAGAGACACGCUGCCGAGCUGAAGAGGAAGCUCGGCCUCAGCCCGCUCAACGAACUCAGGCAGAACAUCACCAAGAGCUGGCAAGACGUACAGACCUCCAAUGCAUAUCUGUCUGCCUCAGCCACUUUGGAUGACAUUACCCACUCUGAAGCAUACAAAAAGACUCAGGAGACUCUCAGCCAGGCGGGACAGAAGACCAGUGCAGCUCUCACCACAGUGGGGUCGGCCAUCACCAGGAGACUGGGCGACAUGAGGAACUCGGCGACCUUCAAGUCAUUUGAGGAUAAAAUGGGGAACCUGAAGUAUAAGGUUGUGGGUACCAAAGGGAAUGGUGACGUCAGCUCCCCCACCGACACGACCCCGACUCAGGAGAACCCGCCUUUCUGAACGCACCCCACCACCCUCCACCUCUUCUUUCUCCUCCUCCUCCUCUUCGCUGCCACCUUCCUCACAACCUGAGACUGUACUGUUACCACCUCACACCUGCGGAGUCAAUCCUCACCUUUGACCCCAAAACCUCACUCACUUGCCCCCCUCUUGUCAGAUAGAGGUGGAGGUGAGAGAGGAGAGAGGGAAGAGGGGUUCGUGAUGAGUUGAGGUGCUGCUCCUCUUCUGCCUCAAUGUUCUGCUGAUGUCUAAACCUUGAAUCAUGAAUCAUUUACACACCUUCCUCCUCCUCCUCUUCAGUCUGAACACGCUGACACUCUUAAAACGCCUUUUUUCCCUGUUUUAAAGCAGGUUACUCUUUCAGCACCUAAAAAACCCCCCCACCCUGCUGUGAAUUUAAUGUUUAAGGAAAUCAGGAUAUCUGCAGGCUGAAGGUGCGAGGGAGGAUAAAGCAGUUUAAACGCUACUUAAAACCUGCUUUUCCUGUCGCCUCUUGUUUCUCCGACUCUUAUCAGCUGCUUUAAAUCAUGCAUCCACACUGUGAGCACAUGCCACCUCCCCCCCUCCCCCUCCCCCUCCACCUCCACCUUUCUUCUUUUUGUUCAACUUUUACACCACAGCUCUGCGGGUGUGAACGCAGGCUACACUCGCAGGUUAGACGUUUAAUUUUGGGGAGGAGGAGGAAGAGGAGGGGCAGGAUCUAGUACAUCUCAUCCCCCCCUUUCCUUAGACCUACUACUGCUACAUGCAUGUGCAUAUCUCAUCUCAGUUGUUACCCCCCCCCCCCCCCCCACCACCUUACACCGACCAUGCAAAGAUGACCGAGGUCUCGUGUAACACGCCCCUAAAAAUAAAAAAAACCGGAUGUAAAAACAAGAAAAUGACCUUAAACCCAUUUUUGUAUUAUAAACUAUUUACACUGCUUUGCAUAAUGUUUUUACAUAACUUUUAUCAAUAUGUAUAAAUAUAUAUGAAUUAAAUAUAUUGUCACAGAUGCUGCCGAGUGGUAGUAAUCAGGUUGGAGGGUUAAAAAAAUAAGAAAAAACUAACAAAAAAUGUAAAGGGGGAGGUUAAACAAACUUUAAAAAAUGGGUGUAAAGAAACUCUAUGGGUCAGUUUCACAGAUAUGAGUUCAUCCGUUUAAAAUGUGUGUGUUAUGUUAUUGAAAGUUGACUCAUUAAAGAGCUGCAGACCACAGCGAGAAAGAAGGAGAAAGAGAAGAAGAAGAAGAAGGGAACACAGCUGAACUGGUUUCGUCUGACAAACUUAGAGGCAUGUUUGAUUUAAAAUGUCCUGAAACCAGUUUGAGUGUUUCCUUUUCUUUCUUUAACGCUGGUUUGACUACAGCUCCUUUUUGUUUGUUAACACACACAUACACACACACACACACACACACAGAAGUCAAUGUGAGACGAUGCUUUGCUGUGUACACUACCUGGUGAAUGUCAAAACGCUUCUCUUAUCGGCCUUACUCACUUUAAAUAAUGGUUCACCUGUUGUUAUUAUUUAG